AUGUCUGGAUGGCCCAAAACAGACAGGGUUCUGGAUGCUCAGGCUGCUGAUGUGGUAGAGGAACUCAAGAGCCAUAGGGUAUGCAUAGACACGAUACCCUUCCCUACAUUUCACCCAAAGACAACUACAGUCUAUCACAUGACAAACCUCACCCCAGAAUUAGCAGAAGCUCUUUAUCAAUUUGGCUUCCUCGACGUAGAUUCACGUGAUCAUGAAGUUCGCUCGCCUAUAUUGGCACAAACAAAUUGUGAGACGUAUGAAGCUUUUGAUCUGCCAUGUUGGCUUAUCACGAAUGGAGUUGAUCUCACAGGAACACUGGAUAAGGAGAACAUGGUUACAACUUUACAUCAGGUUUGCAGUUCCGUCGGAAACAAUCGCAGACGUUGGAUCAUGGAGAACUAUGAGGAAACGAAGAAGCCUCCUGAGGAUAUUGACCUGAUGGAUAUGGAAUUCUCGCAAACUGUCCCAUUAGACCUUCUAGACGUUGAUGUCAUCGAUUCUUAUGUCUGUGCUUGCUCAAUGAGUGGCUGUCUACCAAUCACAUGGUUUUUGGGUAAUUUGCAGCUGGAGUUCAGAACUGGGAACCCUGAUCACCUUUGUGGAAACCGGGAGGUAUUAGGCUACGACCCGUGGGUAACGUGGCGGGGCGAGUUAAUGGUGAGAAUAUUUGCAAAAGUGCUGGAAUCAAAGUUUAGCACAUGUCCCUGGCUAGUCCAUAACAUUAUUCGACAAUGUACUUUCUAUAAGCUGGGACUUACGCAUACGUGUAAGUGUAGUCAGAGAAUUUGUCCACCUGCCAACUCGUUUACGAAAGAUGAAGUAUACAAUAUCAUGGAAGAAGAGCAAGGCAUGAUGGAGCAGCUUCAGAGCCUCACAGCUGAGUUUGAGAAGAAUUUUGCAAAGUCUGGGAAGUCACUACAUUCGUUUUUGAAAGAUGAUUGGAAAUCGAGGAUGGAGGAGAUCAUGCCCGAGAGUACUUUAAACGAAGAGUAUAUGAAAGAAGUUCGAGAAAUUGGUGUGAUCAUGCAAUGA